AUGGGCUUGUCUUCAGCGCCUAAGCCCCUCUUAAUCGGUGUCAGUGGGGGAGCCGCUUCAGGGAAGAAUGAAACUUGUGCAAAAAUCAUAGAGGAAUUGAACAAGAAAGCCAGAGGAAAGCGGUCAAUAGUGUUAUCCCUUUACUCGUUUUACCAUGACUUGUCAGAAGAGGAUAUCAAACUGGCAGAAUGUGGGAAAUUGGAUCUUGACCAUCCCAAUGCUUUUGAUUUCGAUGCACUUGCAGAUGUUUUGAGAAAGAUUAUUAGAGGAGAAUCUGUUGUUUUAAACUCCUAUGACCCAGAGGCCUUUUCUAAUUCUCCCCACAAAAUCGAAAUACCUGCCGGUAUUGACGUCGUCAUAGUUGAGGGUAUCCUCACCUUUUAUCAAAAGGAGAUUCGGGACAUGUUUCAUCUGAAAAUAUUCGUGCAAGCUGAUGCAGAUACACGACUUUCACGUAAAGUCAUUCGAGAUGUUGUCGAGCGCAAAAGAAACUUGAACGCAGUUUUGGAAAACUACUUCAAUUUUGUCAAACCUGCAUUUGAACAGUUCUGCCUACCUACCAAAAAGUACGCCGAUGUUAUUCUUCCGCGAGCCCCCGAAAACCAAAUUGCUGCAGAUCUGAUUAUUGAGCAUCUUUUACAAUCAAUCUCGUCCUCUACAACCUCUUGUCCGUCCUCCCCUGUGGGAAGUUUGCCCAGUCUUCGUCUGCGUAACCAGUCAGAAUCAGGCAUAGCCUCGACGUCUAUCCGUCCCCACUAA